CUCCCAGAAGAAAACUAGUAAAGUUUCAUUUCCUGUUUAUGCAUGGACAACUCGAGGUACCGUUAGGAACGUUGAUACGGCUAGACGACUGUGCGGACCAGACCUCCUGACUAUAAAUAUCAGUUACAGUUGAAGAAGUGACGUACAGACUACAAGUGACAAGCCUAAUACAUCACCAUGCCAGCAGAAACAUCAAAUAAAACUGUGCUGGUAACAGGGUUUGGACCAUUUGGUUCCCACAAUGUUAAUGCGAGCUGGGUGGCAGUACAGGAACUGGACAAACAGUGGAACAUGAAAGGGGUAGACUUAGCAAUACAGGAGAUCCCAGUGGAGUACGCUACUGUAUUUAAAAUGGUCCCUGAACUCUGGGAGGAAGUCAAACCUUGUCUUGUAAUACAUGUUGGUGUGUCAGGAAUCGCGUCCAAGUUGACGCUGGAACAACAGGCCCACAACGACGGUUACAACAAGAAGGAUGUGAAAGGCACGUGUCCAGAGAAGAACUGUUGUGUGAAUGGGGCGAAUAAUUGUAUUGUGUCCAACAUAGACAUGCACAAAGUCUGUGAUGAAAUCAACGACUUAGGAAUUGAUGUCAAAUCAACUGUGUCUGAGGAUCCUGGCAGGUACCUGUGUGACUUUUCCUACUUCUUGUCGUUGAAUAUCGACAAAUCACGUUCCGCCUUCAUCCAUGUUCCACCGCUGGAUCAGCCGUACUCUGGGAAACAACUGGCACAAGGUCUUCAGGCCGCAAUCACAGCCAUGUUAAAGCAAGUGUCCUGAUGCUACAUCUGCCUAGGUCAAGGUCAUACAUCUGUGAACUAGUAUGUCAUGAUAUUACACCUACUUAGGUCAAGGUCAUACAUCUGUGAACUAGUCGGUCCUGUUAGACUACCUUUGUAAGAGGUAUAUGGAAUUCUGGAAACAAAUGAAGAAUAAUAUCGGCCCCAAGAGGAGUCAUUUCAGUGUCUUUAUUUCAGAAUUUUACACAAGUAUUUAGAAAAUUAACAUUUAACCAGAUGAAUAUAAAGGUUACCCAGACAAUCAGGCUGUUCUAUUAACCUGCCUGAGCAAACACUUAAUUUUCAAGUAUGCAAGAAUUUAGAUUCUGGAUACAUGUACAUGUAAAAAUGUUUGCAAUUGGAGAUUAGGAAAAUUUUGAUACUUUGGUAAAAGUAUUUUCAAUUUGUCUUACUUAUCCCAGGAAUGACUUUUGCAAUUAAGAAUAUCCCCACAAGGAUUUUAUCAUCAGAAACAUCAGUUACGACAAAGGGCUGUUGAUAUGAAGUACUGUUUAUCUAUUUCUUUAUAGAACUACAUUCCGAUUCCGAUUGAUUUUUACAAUAUCAACUAUAAGAUAUAGCAGAUAUUUACCAAAGACUUGUAUGCUUGACUAUAAAUGAUCAGAUAUUGUAAUGUUGGAUGUGAGAAUGUGGAUCUAGUUGUAGUACUAACAUUCAGUGUUGUGUUAAAGCUGAUGUGGAAAAAGAAAAUCACUGUGCUAUGUGUCUAGAGCUGAAUUAUUGACUGUUUAUAGACUAAAAUAGAUAUAUCUGGCCUCUGUGGAAUUGAUAGUUGAAAGUUUUGAUAAAUGAGUAAACAUUUCAAAAAAUAAAAAAAAUUAUCAAAUAUCAUGUAGAAAAUAUUCUUAAAAAAUAUACCCAGUACCUGUCCAAUUAUUUAAUUUGAAUUACAGUACAGAAACUUGAUGAUCUCCCUCUACAUUCUGUUGAUUUGUAAUGAAGUUUCAGAACAUAUAGAUAUUAAAUUAUUGGUUGUAUGAGAAUCUUAAUAAGCUUCCAACUGUAUCAAGAUUGAUAUUUAGUCGUACUCUUUACUCUUCCUUUCUAUCGUCUCGGUGAACCUUCCCUUCAUCUUCCUCUGAAGACCUAAUCUUUGAAUUUCUUGUCUAUGUUUGGAAUUGUUUUACAUCCCAACAACUCAAUAUGGUCAUUUGAAGAUAAAUUAUCGACUCUUGUUAACCUGCUCUUCAUUGUUCUCAUCUUUGUGAAUCCAAUCACAAUCUUUAACUUAUUUCUGAACCUACUCUUCGUAAUUGUCCUCUCUCUCUGAAUCAUCUAAACUUGCAGUUUCUUUUAACGCAAUGAUUAAAAGCCAUAAUUAAUUUUACAAUUUGUAUUGUGAAUUACUUAAAAAGCUUCAAGCUUGGUCCAUGAAAUAAAUUAUGUUUGUAUCAAUGUAAAAUUAAAUAUUGUAAAACAGCUUGAUAGAAUGUAUGUCAAAUUGAAGGGUUUCCCUUUAUUUCUGUACUUACUCCUCAUGUACUUUCCGGUCCCUACCUGGUUUAUAUCAAAUCACUGUGAUAUUGACCUCAAGAUCCGUGAUAUGGUCCUCAAGAUCCUGGUCUGAUAUUUGAUUUUGAGUAUAAUUAAGAAGAUACUUCAGUACAUGAUUAUUAAGUGAACAGCUAAGCAUAAGUCUAAGUUGACGAAUGCAUGCACUUACCGGGUAUACAUAUUUAAAACAUUUGCUGUUGGCCAUGUUUUUUUUUUGUGAUAUUGUAACUUCACUUCAAAUAUAUAAAGAAUUAUUUUUGACAUGGAUGUAUUUUCAGGUGAUUUCUUUCCCUGUUUUUAUUUUAUUUAUUUUAUUGAAAGUCAGUAAAAUGUUGACUGCAGCAGCAAUAAUAAUUUGUCAUUUACAUAUAGCUUUACAACAUAUUUCAAUAAGAGUUGUCUAUCUUUGAUCACCCAUCUUUUUGACUCUCUGCACCAAUCAUGGCAAAAUUGAAAAGCACACUAGAUAUUUAAUUGGAGUACGGACAAAAUCUGACAUAUCGCAAAACUGAGGCAUUUUUUUUAAGAUUACAUAUGGAACAACAACUGAAUGGGGACAUUUUGUUUUAUCCACACGAUGGUGGUGACUGAGCCUUUGGUUUUGCAAUGACAUAUUCCAAGGGGUGCAGAGAGCAAAAAUGAAUGUUACAACUGGAGUAUUCACUAUUGAGGAUGUAUGUCACCAAGACAGAAGGUCAAUUUAAUUUUGUGUUAAAUGAAUACAUUGCAUAAAUUCAUAAUUCAUAUAUAUGAUAUAAGAACAGCAAUUAUUUUACAUAGGAUAAGUUAACAUGGAAGCAUUCAUUAAACAUUGUUUCAUGUAUUGUACAUUUUGCCAUGAGAAAGUGUGACAAAUGUUUUAGAAAAUUUCUAUGAAGUCCUGUGGGAAAACACGAGAAAUGUUUUCUUUAUUUAUUUUACAACAAUUGAGAAACAAGUUACAUGUAUAUCAACUUAUACUAUCAUACUUGUUGGCCUAGAUGGAAGAGUUUGACGGGUUUGAGUGUGGGAAGAACCCCCAAAAACCCAGAGAUAACCCACGUGUUUGCUUUGUUGUAUAAUUAGAAGAAAUAUUGAAUUUCUACAAUUCAUGCAGAUUUUGUAUUGGAGAAAAAUUGAACAGUUUCAUUUGUUGAAAUUGGAAUGAUCGUGGUUGAGAUCAGCCAACACUUGGCUUUCUUAAAGUCUAAAGCAUAUUGAUAUUGAAACCUACAUUUCCUUUAGGGCUUUUCCAGUAAAACAUCUACCCCACCCCAGGACUCCAGGUACCAUUCAUAGAAUUUAUCUAAUAAAUUACAUAGAAGUAAUGGAAAGUAGUCCAACCAUGGAUAGAAGUGAUUUAUUUUGGAGUCCUGGGGUCAGGUAGAUAUUUUAAUAGAAUAGCACUUCGGUUUAUUUGAUUUGCUUUAUAUUGUAUGGUGAUAGGUUUGUAACAUUAUUUGAUUAAGUUCACUGAACUCCAUUUUAUCACUGACAUUUAUCAAAGUGGUAUACAUGUAUAUUGUAUUUUAAGCGGUUUUUGAACUUGUCAGGGACAGUUAUUAACCAUUAAUUAUGUUAUUUUAAAUCAUUUAAUUAUGCCUGUGAUAUUCAGUUUAUAUUAAAUCUAUAGAGAAAACAUUAAAUCAUUGAUGAUAUUGUUUGUGUUGAUUUGGUUCCAGAUUUCCCCUCAACCUAUUGGUGAGGAUGUAGAAAGUUUUUAGAUGCUGCAGUAAAACACCAAAGUUAAUGAUUAUACACGAAUGAGAAAAUUGCUGAUUGGGCAUAUUAUUUUCAAGGUCUGCUAGAAGCCAUUGUCCAGUCAAAAUUUGUAUCAUUUUUAACUAUCCGUGGUCAUAACACUACAUGUGUUUAAACAAAAGAAAACAUUAAAAACUGUAAUAUGUUUGUAUUAACAUUUUAUUAUAAUUGUUCAUUGGAAUGUAGAAAAGUAGCCUUGGCCAAAAAUACAUGAUUAUGAAUAGUAUUGUACAUAGAAAUAUGUAGUCAAUUUGUCACAAAAAUACUAGUACAAUCAAAUGAAUUAUCGUAAAAAUCUAAAUGCAACAAAUAUAGUGAAAGUACCGUCUCUAAUUAUAGAACAUUAUUCUGAGAACUUGUAGGAAAUUACUUUUGAAAUUUUACGAUGCAAGAAAAUUUCACUACAUAGCUGAACUACAGAAGUGCAUAUUUUAUAAUUAAGAUACAUGUAUACUAUAGAAUAUAUAAAGAUUGCCAUGAGGAAUUGAGCACAAGUGCAGAUCACAUCUACCAAAUGUUGCACUAAAUGAAACAACUGAUCUUCAUCUCUCUAUUCUACAAAAUAAAUCUGCAUUUUUUUUUUCAAGCUUUAUGCAUUGUGUCUUCCAACAAUAUCUUAUCUAAAAAUUGUUGAUGCAGGUACAGUGAAUCUCUCUUACCCCAGAAACUUCCAACAUUUUCUUCAAUGAUUAAAUCCAAUCUUUCAGAAACUACUAAAUAAAAUCCGACAUCCUGUCAAAUCUGACCUGUAUAUAUUGUCCAACAUGGAUCAGUCUGGUUUCACUGUACUAUCCUCCAAAAUGUUCUUAACUAUAGAAACAAAAUGGCUGCAUGAUUGUUUGCCGAAAUUACAUGCAUUAAAGAAAUUGAGGGUCUAUGUGUACAGACUGCAGGAUUGUGAAUUUACACCAAAUGCCUCUGAUCAAAGUCUAAACAGUAUUUGUUACCGACAACUUUUUGACUUUAAGUACGCAAUGUGAUGAAAUCAGGGUGAAUUUCUUAUAAUGUGACUUUAUGAGUGUGAACACACAUUUCUACAACCGACCACUAAUGUUUGGACUGUAGCACAAACUGUAGUGGCAGCUGAACAUUUUGAUACACCAUUCUCCAUAUAUAUGCCAUGUUGGUACUAUCAUUUUUAUGAUUAAGAGACAAGUCAAUAUUAGGACUUGUUCUACUUCAUUUAGAAAAAAUAAAUCUUGUUAUUAAAACACCUAUAUAAUCCAGAAUAUACAACAGAUCCAAAUACCUAGUGAUAAUGUUGAUACGAAACCGACGAUAUACACGCUUCCUUCUCCUGACUAAGUUUUCUCAGACUAAUUAUCCAAGUCAUCCAGUUAUGUGACAAUGAUCCAGCCCUAUAAGCUCACUCGUUAACCCAGUUUCAUGGCUUACGGAAAUGGCUAUGUGUUUCUAGAAUUAACAAUACCAUUUUAAUAUUUUCCCUUUAAAUCUUGUUUACUACUGAGUUUUGUGGAUAUUAAAGUGAAUUUUAUUAUCAAGGUUUCAUAACAUGAUACAUUGAUGGAACCUGUCGCAAUAUAAAAUUGCGAUAUAUAGAUCAAAAUGCCACUUACUAUAACAACAAUCAGAAAUGUUAACAAAACUACAAUCUAACCACUUAGAAAUUAUACAUUUCUAAUCACUUAAAAUUUGGACUGUCACAGUGAUCUCUAUUAAACCACUUAAAAAAAUCAUACAAUUUAUUUAAAAACACAAUUUGUAGAUAUAUAAGUAAGAUAUCAAUGUAUAUCAUUCCACAGAUUUUUGUUUCUGUAGAUAAAAGGAUAAAAAUAUUUUUAUCUCAAUUUGCCAUCAAUAUAUUAAUUGGUGUACGUUACAUAUAACAUGCGUACAUUACAAAUAUUAUUUGAUUUAAAAGCAGAACAAAUAGUGAUGGGACUCUACAUGUAGCCAUCCUUCUCAUCCUUCAUCAUCCAACACCAGAGAAGUACAAAGUAGAAAACACAAAACAUGUUUUCAAUUGUUAAAAUGGUUUGAUCAUUUAUGAAUUAUAUUUAACUACAUUUAAAACAAAAAAGAAAAAACAUUUGGAUUAAGUCAAAAUAUUUAAAAACAAAUUGAAAACAUUUAAAAACAACAUCAAAGGGGUAUGAAUUGAAAUUAGACCACAGAACAAAAUGAUUUGACACCAAUGCAAGAAAUGAAACUGGUAGUUAUAGUGAAAUAAUAAAUUUGUCCACACAAAAAUGUUUCAGCUCCUGGCCAUGUAGUAUUGCCAUCAAAACAGUCAACACAAUGAAUACAACAGGAAUUUCAUCAGAUGAUUGACAACUACACAAUGUUUGUAAAACAUGUACAUGACACACUUUGAUGGGAAAGAAACUUAACUUGAAGACUAAUCAAAGUCAGGAGAGAAAACAUCUGUCAGAUGAUGGAUACAUAAUCUAACAUCAAAGACAGCAAGUAUUGGAUCAAUUAAGCUAAAUGUGAUGUUUAAUUGACCAAAGUCAGUUAAACAAAUUUAGGUCACUGUGAUCUACUCAUCACAUGACGGUGUACUUCCCCUGAAAAUGUAUUUGUAUGUUAAAUUUGAUGACUGGGAUAUACAGCAUCUAAGGAUCGGAAAUUUAAUUCAAACAAGAAAACUUAAACCAACAUUUCUCAUAUGGAUGGACAGACAGACAAUUGGGAGAGCCAAUACAAUGCCUUCAUUAUUGAUCGUGGGGGCAUGAACUAUCCAGACGUGACAAAUCAUAAUUUUGAGAAAGUCAUCUGGUAACUCUUUGUUGUGACCAAAAUAGGUAU